GUAAAUCAUCUUUGCGAGUUCCCGAGGAACGACUUCACUAGCAACUCUUCUUUGCACCUCUUCUUCCCUUCUUACAAUCUCCUCAACCCCCAAACGAUCAAAAUUUCACCAUGGCCCUGAACCUAGCUCUCCGUAGCUCUCUCGCACGCCAAUCGACGGCAUACGGCUUCUGGCUUACCGUCCCUAGCGCCCCCGUCGCCCGAACCAUCCUCCGCGCUGCAACCGCCUCGCCGGUCGAGGCCUUCAGCUGGGUCCUCGUCGACGCAGAACAUGGAUUAAUCACAGACAGAGACUACUAUGACCUCACAACAGCCAUCGCCGCGGAAGGCGCCAGCCCCAUCAUCCGUGUGCCGUGGCAGGAAGAAUGGAUGAUCAAGCGUGCUCUGGAUGCUGGCGCUCAUGGAAUUCUGACUCCCAUGUGCCACUCAGUGGAGGAUGCCCGGAAUAUUGUGCGAUACUGCAAGUACCCGCCUGUCGGUUGCAGAGGCUAUGGGCCGCUGUAUGCACCCCAUGCUUUCCCCGGUGUCCAGGCCGGAGCUCAGUAUGACGACAACGCCGAUCAGAGUUUGAUGGUCAUGGUCCAGAUUGAGUCCAGGGCUGGUCUUGACAAUGUCGAGGAGAUUGCGAAGGUGGAGGGAUUGGAUGUGCUUCUGAUCGGCCCAUUCGAUCUCGCGAAACAGAUCGGCGUCGUCCGCGGCGGAGACGAGCACACAGCAGCUAUCGAGCGCAUUUUGAAGGCGGCCAAGGCUGCUGGAAAGAAGGCGGCGAUCUUCUGCACGGGUGGCGACCAGGCCCGCGAAUACGCCGAACAAGGCUUCGACAUGGUGUCGGUCAUCACCGACCAGGGUGCCAUGGGAAAUGCUAUGGUGCAGUCACUGUCGGCUGCACAGGGCCGCAACGCGGACAAUAAGCCCAGAGAUGGGUAUUGAGUUGUCAUUGAUCCUGGUAAUGCCUGUUGAACUGCUGGUUGGCUAUAGCGUACUCGGAAGAUAUCCGGAACAUGUUAC